AAAUAAGUUUAAAACCUAAGUGGUGGCAAGAGGUGUUGUUGCUUAAUUUGUUGUUGUUAAAUUUUCGAUUACGGCUAAUUGUCCUAUAGCAGAGGCUGGAGUUAAUCUCAUUCACUAAUAUUAGACAUCAGAGUUUAAACAAUGGAUUGGAAAUGAGACUCUUGCCUCUCCAUAACUAACAUACAACCUGCCAACUAUGGUGCCAGAAAAAAAGAACAUCAUCACUAAUUAACUUGAUCCUGGCUUCAGGCUAUUUAAAUGUAAUAGUUGCAAGACCUGGUUAUGAACAGCAAUUAGAGAUCCCCUUGCCUGCCUUUUUCUGUAUUUCAGUUCAUCUGUCAAGCUGCAUGUGAAUCAUUAGAGGUUAUUUAUGACUAGAUGAGCUGCAGGGAUUAAAACUGGAGACUCACUGACAUACAGAUGAUAAAUAUGACAUACUGAAGCCAUAAAGUACACUUUAAAAUGUCACCCUAGUGCAGAACUGCACCUUCAUUGGGUACCCUCAGAAGUACUUCAGAUGCUCUUGAGGAGCAAUAGGUAACCCAGACCAGUGAGAGAAACUUUCUUCCAGAGAAUUGCUGUUUUGGAAAAAUGGGCUGGGAAUGCCAUGAAAAAACCUUGCAUGAGGAAAAAAAACAAGUUACCUACACAGUAGGGGCUCAAGCUAUGCUUUAGUUUAGGACUUGGCAUGGCAUAUGUCUUUGGUUGUGUGCUUGCACAAGGCCCCACUUACCUGCAGCUGCCCUUCUGUAAUAACCAGAAUGAACAACAUCGUUUUUCACUUCCUACAAACAUGAUUCUAAUAUAUACUACUAUUAUUUUCGUGUGCAGCAUCCUAAUAUUUUAAGUUUUAUUCCUUACGUGCUUUUACAAAGCUAAAAUUUAAUUUCAUUAAGGCUUGCUCCUGUAGACAGAUCUCCUGUACCUGGUCCUGCAGUCUGCCUUACCAGAAAAUGGCAGACUUGCAUGCUGACCUGUCCUCUGCAACAGCCUGGAAACCCAGUUACUGCUCGAAGCACUCAGUGUUCAAAGAGCAGUUUAAGUUGCCUGAAAAAGUGACUGUACAUGAAAUAUGCAAAUGGCACAUAGCAGCACUAAUUUCCAUCUUGCAACUACUCUGUGCACAAAAUCUGCUCCACUCCAGCACCAGAAGUUGUCCUUUGCUGGCCUAAUAUUGGCAUUCUGAAAAUAAUGUCAAAGUGCUGGAUGCCUGAGAGAUAUGUAAAAAUAUUUCCUUCCUUGAUUUUUUUUUUCUUGAACUUUAAUCUUCCCUGUUCCCACUACACGAUUCUACCUACCAUGUCCAGCUCCAUUUGGAAUCUGCACAUCCUGAACCUCUGUGCAGGAGAUUGCCUGGUGGUUUUCUAGCAUGGAGGAAGAAUAGCAAAAAUGUCAGGAGAAAUCCUCCCUCUCCCAUCAGCAGAAUAGUUUUGAAGGUGGCUGUAACCAUGCCAACCCUGACUUGUAUUUUUCCAUCCAAGCUCUAACUCUGGUGCAAAGCCUCCACAGUGUGCUGAGGAAGGGCUUGUGGAGGCUGGCUGAUGUCCUGAGCUGUAGUCUAUGCUUGAGCUGCCCAGCUGCUAACAAGUUGUUCCAAUAAGCAUGUGCUAACUGGGAGACUGGGCAACCUGGACACUGUGCUGCUGAUAAACACCUGGAUAGCUAGCCUAACUCGUGAGAAUUGGGCUUUUAUGUAGUUUGGCUGAGCUUCAGUAAGUGGCCAGAUUUCAAGAUACACAUGCUUUUGUUUGAAAUGUGGGGGUUCAGUCCUUGCUCAGUAAUGAUUGAAAACAAGAUAAUUUCAGCAUUAACCACUAGAUGGUCCUCUUUCUCAAAGAAAAAAAGUAGCUCCAAAAUAAAGCCAGUCCUGGCUUUUCUCUGAACCUGAACGUUAGUAGAGAACAGCUUCAGUGUAAAGCUAAAUGUAAUUAGAAGUUUCAUGUAGUUGCUUGAACUGACAUGGUUUUCUGAAUAGGUUUGAAUACAACUUGUCCUGAAUCCUUCACACUCAGAGUAACUGGGCCUCUUAUCAAUCAUCAAAUUCUUCCUAGUUAAUGUCAGUUAAGAAUUUCCAGCUCCAGGCAGCACAAGUGUCAGUCUUAUCCCCUCCUCUGAUUCAAAGGAGAAGCCAGAAUUAUUUCUAUGAAGCUUCUGAGUACUGUAUGUAGCACUGUGGUAGUUCACUUGUGAUCUGGUGGAAAGAAAUAAUGAAAUCCAGUCAAUGAGGAUGGAGUAAAAUAGUACUUUGGUAAGAGAAACGCCUGAUGAGGCUCAUUUAAGCAGACUGCCAUGUAAUUUAUUAGUCUUUGUUGCCAAGAACAUUUUAUAGUAGCCUUUUAUAAAGUCAGAAUGACUGAAAGUGAAAAGGAAAAUACUUGAAUGAAAGUGAAAAUGGAAGUUCUUGAAAUUGGCAAGUGGUGUGUCCAGAACAGAUGCAGAGCCCUGAUCCUUCUGGUAGGAGAGGAAGAGCCGUGAAGUCCUUGGCACACAAUUUGGUGGAUGCUGAGAAUUUACAUGGGUUCAAGAAGCAGUGGUGAAAGGGAAGUAGUCCGUCAAGGGCUACCUACCACAAAGAAACGUUUGGCUUGGGAAGCCUCUGGACCACAGGGCUCAAGAAUCUGCGAGAAGAGUCUAGUGAGGAAUGUCAAAAUAUGUUUCCCUGUUUUUAGACUUUUCCAUAGAUGUUCUUUGCUGUCUACUGUCAAAACCAAGAUGCUGCAGUAGAUCAACCUUGGGCCAGAAUGAAGCCUUCCCACCACUGCUCUGUCAUGUGGCAUCCAAUCUCCUGGCCACCACGUGCCCAGUGGUCACCAAACCGCUUAAAGCUGGUCACUGUCUAUGUGCUGGUGCUCUUGGUAUCGCUCAGCUUUGCUUCAGGACACAGCAGGCCAUUUAAACAUCAGAUAGACAACAGAAGUCCUGAGAUUGAUCCUUUUUGGUAUGUGGGCCGUGGGGUUCGUCCCAUCGGCAGGUUUGGGAAGAGGCAGCUGAGAAGCAGCCAUGGCAGCCUCAGGCCUGUGAGCAGACACCUGGAUUUCAUUUUGAACGCUUUGUGGGAGCAAAAAAUGUUGGACACAGAAGACAAUGACUGGUGAUCUUUGUUCCCCAAGGUGGUGACCCAGCCUCUGUUCUUUGAGUUGUGCCCUCCCCUGCACCUCAGACCUACAGUUCUGCUUUUGCCCAGCAAUUCCACGCUGCUUUUCUUUUUGCUUCUUGUGCAAGUUCAUUCAAAAAGAAACAUGUUCAGGGUGCAGGUAAAAGACAAUGCAUGGACACAAGCACUGAUUGCCACCACACCUUAUAAAAAUGUUUCUUCGUCAUGCAUCCCCACCAAUCUCCUGAUGCUGUUCACUGUAAUGCUAGGUUUAUCCAAAACCAACACAGCUUUUGGGCUGGGAUUUAAACUUCGCAGCAUGACAUGUAUCAUGAAACCCUCCUGUCUCAUUUCAAAGUCAAUGGCUGUUGAUUUGUAAAAAUAAAAAGCAAUGGUUGGAAAAAAGAAAAAA